GACUCGAAAAAUCAUAACAAACUAUUUCGACAAUUACCAGAGAUAGAGUACUUGCCAAAUUUAACGUGUGCACGACCUUGAACAUGUCAGACAAUUUAUCACCUGAUAACGAUAACGGCAGCUGGUGCCUUAUUGAGAGCGAUCCGGGUGUCUUUACGGAGCUAAUCAGUGGCUUUGGCUGUGUGGGUGCUCAGGUCGAGGAGAUCUGGAGUUUGGAGACCUUCAGCCAUCUGGAACCCAUACACGGUCUGAUAUUUCUCUUUAAAUGGGUGCAGGACGAUGUGGUAACUGGGGUUGUGGCCCCCGAACGUUCGGACAUCUUUUUCGCCAAACAGGUGAUCAAUAAUGCCUGCGCCACUCAGGCCAUUCUCAGUCUGCUCUUGAACUUGAAGCACGAGGAUAUACAAUUGGGUGAGACUUUGACUAAUUUUAAGCAGUUCUGCCAGCAGUUCGACCCCUACACCCGUGGCCUGGCGCUGAGCAAUGCAACGAAAAUUCGCGAUGUUCAUAAUUCGUUUGCGCGGCCCACACUCUUUGAACUGGAAAUGAAGCAGCCAUGCCGCGAGGAGGAUAUCUACCAUUUUGUGGGCUAUAUGCCCAUCAACGGACGCCUGUUUGAGCUCGAUGGCUUACAGGAGGGACCCAUAGAUCUCGGUGAAAUCGGCAGCGCUAGGUCCUGGGUGGAUGUGGUGCGACCCAUUAUUGAGGCGCGCAUUCAACGCUACAGUGCCGGCGAAAUUCAUUUUAAUUUAAUGGCACUGAUCUCAGAUCGGCAGUGCAUCUAUGAGCGCCAGAUUGAGGCGCUACAAAAACCAGACUGCAUGGGGACGACCUUACUACCCGAGGCGGAGCGUCUGGCCGAAAUAGGGAGCCUGCAGGCCCAAUUGAAGUUCGAGGUGGAGAAGAAGAAACGCUAUCAUCAGGAGAAUAUGCGUCGGCGCCACAACUAUUUGCCCUUUAUAGUGGAACUGUUAAAGCAAUUGGGCCAGACGGGUCAGCUGAUGCCCAUCUACGAGCAGGCCAAGAAUCAUGCCAUGCAGCGCCAGCCGGAUCGAGAGGAAUAGGACCUGGCCUGAGAGCGCGCCAAAGUAUCAUAGAAUAAUAUUUAGCAUUCAAAUUAAAUGUCCUCCAAUCAUUUCCUUCACUUUUCGGGCUGCAAUAUAAUCUGUCAACUGCGUUCUUGUUACUCUGUCACAAACUUCAAUUUGCAUUUAAGCUAACUGCCAACUGCCAACUUCUGCGCGUCUCCGCUUA